AUGAGAAUUUGGAAGCUUCCUACCAUUCCCUUGUUACUUGACGGCUUCAUAGUCGUGUUCCUGCUCCUGAACUCCUCACUGCAAACAAAUGGUUCAGGCAACAACAAUGAGACAGACCGACUUGCUCUGCUGGAGUUCAAAAAUAGGAUCAGCAGUGAUCCAGAUGGAGCUCUGAAAUCUUGGAACGAUUCCGACCAUUUCUGCAAUUGGUUUGGUGUUGCGUGUGAUCUGCUUCCUAGCCAGCGAGUCACGUCGCUUGAUCUCCAUGGCCAAAAUCUGGUGGGUACUCUGUCUCCGCACGUCGCCAACCUUACUUCUCUUAGAUACAUCAACCUCACGGAGAACAGUUUUCGUGGUGAGAUUCCACAAACACUUGGAAACUUGCUUCAACUCCAGUGCCUCGACCUCAGAUUCAACUCAUUUGAAGGCGAGAUUCCAACCAACCUGACUCGUUGCAGCCAGCUGAAGUACUUGUUGUUGGAAGCGAAUAACUUAUGGGGGAGCAUCCCGGCAGAGAUUGGUUCGUUAUCAAAGCUUGAGUUCCUCAGAGUUGGAAACAACAACCUAACAGGAUGGCUCCCGCCUUCCUUGGGGAACCUCUCGUUGCUCGUCAACUUUGGUGCUACAUAUAACAACUUGACCGGAACCAUUCCAGAAAGCUUCGGCCUGCUAUCAAGGUUAGCUUCAAUUAAUCUUGGAUGCAAUCAGCUCUUUGGUUCAGUCCCCCUGUCCUUGUUUAAUAUUUCAUCAAUCAAAAGCUUUGCAAUUGCGUGGAACCAUUUGCGUGGUCGCUUGCCGGAGAGCAUGGACCACACCAUGCCCAACCUGCAACAAUUCGCUAUUUCCAGAAAUGAAUUCUUCGCAACCAUCCCUGACUCAAUCUGCAAUGUCUCUCGGCUAAAACUGGUGAAUAUGAACCGAAACGACUUUGUAGGGAAGGUUCCUACUUGUCUCGGGAAGCUUACUGGUCUUACUACGCUAGACAUGGCUAAAAAUAAUCUUGGAAGCAAUUCAACGGGUGACUUUGCAUUUCUAGAGUCAUUGAGCAAUUGCAGUCAACUGAAGCGAGUGGGUAUUAGCAGUAAUAAUUUUGGCGGCCCAUUACCAGAAUUUCUGGGGAAUCUGUCAACCAUGCUCACCGCACUGUAUAUUGGGGACAAUCAAGUCACUGGAGUUAUCCCUGCAGGGUUGGUGAAUCUCUUCAACCUGGCGGAUCUGGAGCUUUCCUAUAACUACUUGACAAGCAUCAUCCCUAAUAUUGGCCAGAUUUCUAAUCUGCAGAGACUGUCAUUGAAUGGUAAUCAAUUCUUAGGUCAGAUUCCAUCCUCUAUAGGCAAUCUCAGUCGGUUGUCUGAACUGCAUAUAUCACAGAACAAACUGCAAGGCAACAUUCCACCAAGUAUUGGGAAUUGUCUUCAAUUGAGCACCUUGGAUAUUUCAGAAAAUAGAAUCAUGGGAGCUAUACCUGGAGAGUUAAUGAGCCUUUCUUCAUUGUCCAUAUUGUUGAACCUGUCAAACAACUUGCUCACAGGCAACCUGCCUGCAGAAAUUGGGAAGUUGAAAAAUGUGAAUAAGUUAGAUAUCUCUAAUAAUCAGUUGAAAGGGGAAAUUCCUAGCACCAUCGGCAGUUGCUCAAGUCUGGAAUACCUUUAUAUGCAGGGGAAUUCUUUCGACGCGGUUAUUCCUCCAGCUUUGUCGUCUCUGAAAGGGCUUCAGGAAUUGGAUCUUUCACGAAACAACUUAGAGGGAGAAAUCCCAGAAGGUCUCCUACAAAUCCGCCUACAGUCUUUGAAUCUUUCUUUCAACAAUCUGAGAGGUGAAGUGCCAUCUAAGGGGGCUAUUGCCCAUGCAUGCAUUGUGUCAUUGUCGGGCAAUCCCAUGCUUUGUGGUGGUACUCCAGAGUUCCAUUUGCCUAAAUGCCCAAAUAAAACCACCAAGAAUAGAAGGCCUCCAAAGUUGAAGUUAACAGUCAUCACUGUUAGUACAUCUCUAUCUGCACUUGUACUGGUAAUGAUAGGCCUUCUACUAAGUGGCAAGACGAGAAGAUCUAACAAGCAUAUCCAUCGAGGAGAAGAUCUACUGGUGGACGACUUUGUGAAGCUUUCCUACACAGCCAUUCAUGAGGCAACCAAUGGAUACAGUCUUGAAACUUUAAUCGGGUCUGGUGGUAUCAGCACAGUCUACAAAGGAAAACUGGAGCAAAUGAGAGCACCAGUAGCCAUCAAAGUAUUCAACCUGCAACAAAAGAAAGCAUAUAAGAGAUUAGUGGUGGAAUGCAAGAUAAUGCGAAAUAUCCGGCAUCGAAAUCUCGUGAAGAUUCUAUCUUACUGCUCUAGCACAGACAACCGAGGCAACGCAUUUGGAGCUCUAGUUUAUGAAUUUGUGGACAAUGGGAGCCUCGACAAAUGGCUGCAUUGCAGUAAUGAUGGCACCAAGACGACAUAUCACCAUCUCAGUCUUCUCCAAAGACUCAACAUUGCUAGAGAUGUGGCAGCCGCAUUGUACUAUCUUCACGAUCUUAGCGGAAUGUCAAUCGUUCAUUGCAGUUUAAAGCCAAGCAACGUGCUCCUAGACCAUGACAUGGUAGCUCAUGUGAGUGAUUUGGGUCUAGGGAGAAUCCUCUCAUCACCAUGUCAAACAAACACAGCAAGCACAAUUGGACUAAGCGGGAUGGUAGGCUAUGCGGCACCAGAAUAUGGGACGGGCUCCACGGCAUCGAAGGAAGGGGACGUGUACAGCUACGGAAUCCUUCUGCUGGAAAUCCUAUCUGGGAAAAGACCAACGGACGAAAUGUUCAAGGAUGGUGUGAAUAUACGCGACUCUUGCAAGGCCGCAUUGCCAUCCAAACUUUCAAUGCUAAUAGAUUCAUCAAUGCUGGUAUCUGGAAAAACUUACGGAAUUGACAAGAAGGUGGAAGAGUGUUUGAUUUCCUUGCUUGAACUGGGAGUGAAGUGCUCAGCUGAUGCGCCGAAAGAACGGAUGAAAAUGGCGGAAGUUACCAGAAAGCUCCACACUAUCAGAAGUACCUUUCUAGCAACCUCUGUCUGA